AUGUCGCUACAAUCAUUAACUUCAUCCUUUAAGCGACUUCAGCUUAUUAAACGAUCCUUGACAGCAAGCUUCUCUACUUCAGCAUGGAGAGCAGCUGAUGAACCAUUACAGGCAGAGAGACCACAAGUUGGAGCUUCCAGUCUCUUUGAAAAUGUUCAAAUUGAAGCAGAAAAAAAUAUUGAACAAGAAGAUAAACAUGUUGAAAAACAAUACACAUUCUCUUCUGCUGACUUCUUAGUUAGCCCACGAAAGCUAAACAUGCUUGCUCGCCAAAUCCGCAAUUUACCUAUUGAUGAAGCUAUAAAGCAAAUGGAAUUUUCAGAUAAGCGUGCAGCUAAAAAGAUCUUGCACAAUUUAGCAUUUGCAAAAAAGAAUGCUGCAGAUCAAAAAGGAAUGCAAAACAUGGUUGUUGCUCAAGCUUGGGUUGGAAAGGGAACAUAUCAGAAACGUGUGAACCCUCAUGGUCGUGGUCAAUUUGGUGUCAAGGAAGUAAAGAAAGCACAUAUCACAUUCCUUUUCAAGGAAGCAUCUGCUGUUGCUGAAUCAUCAAAAUUGGACAAGAGAAACAUCAGAGGUUGGAAAAAGACCAAGAAGGUUUGGACGCCUUUGAACGAAACAAAGCCUAUUUAUAACCCCAAACCAUUCUACAACUGGUAA